UUGUUGUUCUCUUGUUCUAUUUUCCAAACUUUUUUCUCUCUCUCUCGCCCUUGUUGUAGCAACUUUUCCCAGAUCUCGUUGAUUUUUUCCCGUUAAUUUUUUUAAAAGGGGAGAAUAGGCGGCAAUUAAUAUAUAAAAGUAGCAGUUAAAACAUGAAGAUUUUUUAUGUGAGAAGCAAACAUUUUUUUGAUUUUUGGGCGUGUUUAGUUAGGGGGGGAGGGGGGAGGAGGGGAGGUGUUGGGUAAACUGGGGAGGAGGGGGUAGGUUUGCAUGAAAAAAAAAUUUUUUUUUCUUCACGCAAAGGAGGAAAAAAGGGGGAAAAAGGAGAAAAAGGCAAAAAUUAUUGCGCGAGUUGUUAGCAAAGCAAAGGGAAGCAAAGGGGAAGCAGUGGGGAAGGAGGGGAAAAGUUGGGGGGAAAGAAGAAGGGAAGGGAAGAAGAAAGGGCAAAACAAAGAGGAGAUGAACCUGAUCGUUUGUCUAAAUAUCGCGCGUGGCAUAUCUUCAUUGGCCGAAAAAAUUGAUUUUAAAGAGAAAAAAAGAGAUGGGGUUUGAAU